UUUAAUAGUAGUGCAGCUGACCGCUUGGCAGCCAUUUUGUACGAAGGAGACUGACUGGGGAAUCAUAGAUAGAAAUUGGCCAAUUGAAGCAUUUCAAGGCACGUGGUUGCCUGGAAAUUAGCGUCUUUUGAUGCCAAAAUGUUUCCCAUUCCACCAGGUAUAACGAGAAUCAUGAAUCAACAGUUGAGUUCAAAUGUGUAUAACGGCAAAAUGUUAGAUGGUCAGACUCCAAUGUUUCCACCCUACACUCCGCUCCAGCCAUUGCAGCCAGAGGCAGGAUUUGGGGACAAUCCAGUUGUCCCUCUAGUUCCACCAGUAACUGGGACACCACCCGACGGGACACCACCGCUCCCACGUCUCGCUGACUUUGUCUGUCCCGCGCGACCUAACCAUGGCACAGACGGCAAACCCAUCCUGCUCAAAGCUAAUCACUUCCAGGUCCGCAUCCCAAAGGGCUUCAUUCACCACUACGACAUCUCUAUCACCCCUGACAAGUGUCCACGCAGGGUCAACAGGGAAAUUAUUGAGACUAUGGUCAACUCAUACAGCCAGAAAAUCUUCCAAGGACAAAAGCCAGUAUUUGACGGCAGAAAGAAUCUUUACAGCCGUGAGCCACUUCCGAUUGGCAGGGAAAAGGUCGAGUUGCAAGUAACAUUACCGGGCGAGGGCAAAGAUAGAGAAUUUAACGUAGUCAUCAAAUGGCAGGCACAAGUGAGCUUGUUUGCUCUUGAAGAGUCGUUAGCGGGGCGUAUACACCAGGUUCCCACUGACGCAACCCAGGCCCUAGACGUCAUAUUACGUCAUCUUCCCAGCAUGACCUACACACCUGUGGGUCGAUCGUUUUUCUCCCCACCAGAGGGGUAUGACCAUCCCCUAGGAGGAGGCAGGGAGGUGUGGUUUGGUUUUCAUCAAAGUGUUCGCCCAUCCCACUGGAAAAUGAUGCUCAACAUUGAUGUGUCUGCCACAGCGUUCUAUAAAGCUCAGCCGGUGAUAGAGUUCCUAUGUGAGGUUUUGGAUAUCAAAGACAUCAGUGAACAGAAACGACCUCUGACUGACUCGCAAAGGGUCAAGUUCACAAAGGAAAUUAAAGGCCUUAAAGUAGAAAUUACUCACUGUGGGACAAUGAAGAGAAAAUACAGAGUGUGUAAUGUCACGCGAAGGCCAGCACAAACUCAGUCAUUCCCUCUACAGUUAGACUCUGGUCAGACAGUGGAAUGUACAGUCGCCAGAUACUUCCUGGAAAGAUACAAGAUGAAACUUAUGUACCCUCAUUUACCAUGUUUACAAGUAGGACAAGAACAGAAGCAUACCUAUCUACCACUGGAGGUGUGCAAUGUAGUGGGAGGCCAGAGGUGUAUCAAGAAGCUGACGGACAUGCAGACAUCUACAAUGAUCAAGGCCACAGCUAGAUCUGCCCCCGACAGAGAAAAGGAGAUCAAUAACCUUGUUCGCAAAGCCAAUUUCAAUGCCGACCCGUAUCUGCAAAUGUUUGGAAUCAGCAUUCAAACCCAGAUGGCCGAGGUUCAGGGCAGAGUCCUGAUGCCCCCAAAAAUACAAUAUGGAGGAAGGCAGACAAAGGCCCAAGCAGUACCCAACCAGGGUGUAUGGGACAUGCGUGGCAAGCAGUUCUUCUCUGGCAUAGAGAUCCGUGUCUGGGCAAUCGCCUGCUUUGCACCACAACGAACAGUCCGUGAGGACGCUCUCAGGAACUUCACACAGCAGCUACAAAGGAUCUCUAAUGAUGCGGGCAUGCCUAUUGUUGGUCAGCCCUGCUUCUGUAAAUACGCCACGGGUCCAGACCAGGUGGAACCCAUGUUUAGGUACCUGAAGAACACUUACCAAGGCCUGCAGCUUAUUGUGGUUGUCCUGCCUGGCAAAACGCCUGUCUAUGCUGAGGUGAAGAGAGUGGGAGACAUCCUGUUUGGACUUGCUACCCAAUGUGUGCAGGCUAAGAAUGUGAACAAAACUACACCUCAGACUCUCUCCAACCUGUGUCUCAAGAUCAACGUUAAACUUGGGGGUAUCAACAAUAUUCUGCUUCCAAGUAUCCGACCCAAUGUAUUCCGAGAGCCAGUCAUAUUUCUGGGAGCUGAUGUGACUCAUCCUCCUGCCGGUGAUGCCAGUAAACCCUCUAUUGCUGCUGUGGUAGGCAGUAUGGAUGCCCACCCCAGUCGCUACUCUGCCACUGUGAGAGUACAACAACACCGUCAGGAGAUUAUCCAGGAGCUCUCCACCAUGGUACGAGAGCUGCUCAUCCACUUCUACAAGGCCACACGGUUCAAACCCACACGUAUCAUCUUCUACAGAGACGGAGUCAGCGAGGGCCAGUUUGCACAGGUGUUAUCACAUGAAUUGCGAGCUGUGCGUGAAGCCUGUAUGAAGCUUGAAAUGGGGUAUCAGCCAGGUAUAACAUUCAUCGUAGUACAGAAGCGACAUCACACUCGUCUGUUCUGUGCAGACCGGAAGGACCAGAUAGGGCGUAGUGGCAACAUUCCAGCCGGGACCACAGUUGACGUUGGCAUCACCCACCCGACAGAGUUCGACUUUUACCUGUGUAGCCAUGCAGGAAUACAGGGUACGAGCAGGCCUUCACAUUACCAUGUACUAUGGGACGACAACCGUUUCCAGGCAGAUGAGCUGCAGACUCUGACCUACCAGCUGUGCCACACUUACGUACGCUGUACACGAAGUGUGUCCAUCCCGGCCCCAGCCUACUAUGCACACUUGGUGGCAUUCAGGGCACGCUAUCACCUUGUGGAGAAAGAACAUGACAGUGGAGAGGGCAGUCGUCACUCUGACAACAGUGAGGAUCGAACGCCGACAGCUAUGGCACGGGCAGUCACAGUCCAUCCAGAUACCACCAAGGUCAUGUACUUUGCCUAGAGACCAUGUGACAGGAAGUGCCAGGAUUGAUGGGAUUCCAGAGCUUUAAUUCCACUCCAUUUAAACUUAUGCAGCGAAACUACUACAAGUUGUAUCCAGUACCAUAAUAUUUAUAACUGUAUCCUGACCAGAUAUUGCAAUCAACAUGCGACAAAGACUCCUUAGUUUGACAAUUUUUCCUGUCUCUAUGACAGGUGGACAUUGAUAUACAACACUGCUCCGUGUUGAGUCCUACAACGGUCUGUGUAUUUAACGUCAUGGUGCCGCGUCAUCUGUCAGACAAGUAGUGGACUGAACUGUUGAUAGACUCUUUUGAUCUGUCAGGUGUGCAAACCUGAUCAACAGGUGAAACAAUUUGUACAUUUUCACUAAAUAUAUGGCAGUUUUAACUACAUAGUCAUUGAUCAAUUUUAGCAUUCCCUCCUGUUAAUAAUCAAUUACAGUACUUAAAAACCAUACCACAGUCCAUUAAAAUGUCUUUUGCAUACUUGAUGGGGAAAAAAAGAGUGAAAUGGAUUGUCAUGGACGACUUUGACCAAUUAGGUUUUAAUGAAAGAAUUGUUUUCUGAAGUUCAUAUCAUACAAAACUCACUAUUAGAAGAGUGUGUCUAAAUAGCUGAUGUGUUUAAUUUAGUUGUUAGAUGGUUUGAAAAUUCAACCGGAAGCUGGAUAUUUAACAGAACGAAAUGUUUUUAUAAUUGUUAUCUUGACCAGGAAUGUUAAUUGUGUAAACCAUGUCAAACCAGUGGUAAUUCAAAGUAGUACUUUUUUGUGUGUUAAUCAUGACAUCGUUUAUUCUCGUAACUAUUUAUUAUCAUCCUUUUUCUGUGUGUACAACAGAUAAUUGGGCUGUGAACAGGAAAGGUAGCAGGGACGUGGUCCUGCCAUGGUACCUCACCUCCUGCAAAGGAAAAAAUACAAAUCCAACAAACGCCUCCGAAGACUUUCCUUAUAUUAUAUCUGAAAUGAUGUAAAAUAAUUUUCUCUUGCCUUUUCUAUAUAAUUGAUCAUGCUGUAUAUACCUGCUCUUUACAGUACAAUCAGAGAGUACCACACAGAGGUUGGAUUUUUUCCCUGUUACCUUUCUUGGUAUUUUAUUAAGAUUUUUAUACUUGAAUUUAUUAUGUAGUACAUAGGCUAAAUAGAGUUUAUAGUUCUAUGUGCUAACGUUGUUGACGUGGUAUUGAUGUGCAGGGAACUAAUGUCCUGUGGUGAUGUGAUGUUCUGGUGCUGACAACUAGCCAAAGUAGAACAGUUUUCUCUGUUGCGUCAAAAGUAGUUGGACCUUUCUUCAUAAAGAGAUUAUUGGAUAUGAAAUUGAAAUGACGAAGCAAUUCCAACUGUCUGUUGUACUCUUUGCUAUUUUUAAUUUGAUAAAAUUUAUCCUGAUGGUACACAUUAAAUGUUUCAUUUCAGUGUUAUUUAAACAGGGAAGAUAUGAUAAAUUAAGAUAUUAAAAGAGAAAAAGUUUAGUAAAAGUCAGCUGAACAUUUACUGUACAGGUUGAAAUGCUAUUCCCAUCGUGCUAGUGAAACGUGUUGAUCAUUUUUCACAUUUUAUUUGUUAUAAAGUUUUGUAAGUUGUUCUGUUGUGUUGGAAUAAUCAUGUAGGCCUUCUUGUGACCUCCAUCCCUUGUAGGAAGGAGUACAAGCUUCUUGUGACCUCCGACCCUUGUAGGAGUACAAGCUUCUUGUGACCUCCGACCCUUGUAGGAGUACAAGCUUCUUGUGACAUCCGACGCUUGUAGGAGUACAAGCUUCUUGUGACCUCUGACCCUUGUAGGAGUACAAGCUUCUUGUGACCUCUGACCCUUGUAGGAGUACAAGCUUCUUGUGACCUCCGACCCUUGUGGGAGUACAAGCUGUCAUUUUAACCAUUACACCCAUGACACUGAGUAGAAUGUAAGUCACACUUAGAACGAAGACACUUCACAAAAAGAAAGAGAUUUAGCAGAGUGUCUAAAGUUAAAUCAAGAUUCUUCUGUUAGGUUGGUUUACGUUCUCAAUAAAAAUGUUCUCAAUAAAAAUCAUGUACAUUGCAAUUUUAAAACAAAAUUAUGUUUGACAAUUUUUUUUCUCUCAGAGACUUCAAUAGUACCAUAUAUUAUGAUGAGUCUUGUAUGAUUGAUCUUUUAUUUUAUAAAUUCAUCUAUGUCAUUUAGCAUAAAACCAUUGAUUUUUGCAUCGAGUCCCACCAGUGGUUUUAACCAAUCCUACCUAUAUUGUAUCCACCAUGUAUGUACACUAUACACCUACAACCAAGCGUGACCAUAAUAUAACGUUCCCUCUUGUCUUCCCUGACUCCAAGUCCCAGCUAAGUCAAAUAUAAUGCAAUUACAUUCAAAACACUGGUACAAUUCAUUCUUUUUUAUUCAUUAAUAGAGGGCUGACAAAUAAUCAUACAAUAGUAUUUUUGCAAAUAUUUUAGUGCCAGUAAAAUAUUUUCCGAUCCAGUAGCUUUGUAUGUACAUAUGAUAUGCUGAUUUUCAAUUUGUGUCCUGUUUUACCCAAGAAUAUUGAAUACUACAUGACACCAAAUAAACUAGGAUACUAUAGCAGCAGACCACACCCAAUUAUUUUAGUCUAAUGAUCUUCAUAUUAGUUAUUUGAUUUUGUAUCUAUUAUCUUAUAUAUCAUUAUAAUUACAUUAUUCUGUUUGUAAAAUCUUCUUAAAGGAGGAAAUAAAGAGAAUAAUAAUAAUUUCGGUAACAAAAUAAAAUUUUAUUGUAAAAUCAAUGCUUCUUGGGCAGGAAUAAUUUUAUCAUGAUAUUAAUAAUUUGUAAUUCUUCAGAUGUAGGAUCCUAUCUAUGUUGGUAUAAUUAUAUGGAUUAUAAAAGAAAUUGUGGUUGGUCUCUGUGGAGACAUUUUUAAUUUUUUUAUUGCAAUUUCACUCAUUAUCCAAAUUAGUUGUUUAAAUACUCUUUGUGAGAAAAAUAUAUAUCUAGUCAACCAGAACUGGGUAAAGGUCGUCCAGUCCUGUAUCUACAAAUAGCUAAAUGAUCAUGUAGUUCCUGGGAAAUGUGUAUCUACUGCACAAAACAGUCCUACAGAUUUUAGAUGAUAUUUGUUUUAUGUAAAAACCAUUAUAAUAAUUUGAUAAAAUCUUCCUAACAGUCUUAUUUAGGAAGGUUCAUUGUAGUCACAGUGAUUGUGGUUUUCAGUGAAGAAUGUUACAAGUAGACAGAUUUGGAAAAAAACAUAAUUCUGUUCUCAUUUAACUAGUGCCUCCUUGUAUCAGUAUAAUACUAUAUGCAAAUGACCUUGUGAUGUCAUUGAAGGAGCCAACGUGGUUGUGUUUGCUUUAAGGGUGGCCUGCCAUUAAAGGAUUAUACAGAUGGAACUAUUUUCUUAAGAUUGUGGUUGUCUAUAAAUUUUGAAUAGUUACCAAAAUCUGUCUAGCAGUAAAUAAUUGUUUCUGCUCUCAAGAUCGCAUCUUAGGUUAUCUCGGGGACUUUGGCAUUUAUAAACUUAACUGGUGCUAUCGGAAAUUACACCAGUACAGGUAAUGUCACUGAAACCAGUUAAAGGACAAUUUAGAACUGAACCUGUAUAGAAAAACAUGCAUCAUAUCAAGAUGUGGACAUUGUGGUAGCAGAUCUCGAGUUUUAGUGAACCCACCUAGUCUUGACAAAAGGCUGAAAAAGCAUUCCUUUUUUGUACUCUUUUUCUUCUGAUGAUUAAUAAAUGAAAGUCAACAGUACUAAGUGCCAUUUUCAAUUUGUAUGGAUUAUAUAGUUCUUAUGACGGUCAUGUGGAUUAUUUAUUUCUACCAUUUGUGACAUGUGGAUUAUAUAGGUCUACCAUUUGUGACUGUCAUGUGGAUUAUAUAGGUCUACCAUUUGUGACUGUCAUGUGGAUUAUAUAGGUCUACCAUUUGUGACUGUCAUGUGGAUUAUAAAGGUCUACCAUUUGUGACUGUCAUGUGGAUUAUAUAGGUCUACCAUUUGUGACUGUCAGGUAGCUAAUAUAGGUCUACCAUUUGUGACUGUCAGGUAGCUAAUAUAGGUCUACCAUUUGUGACAAUCAUGUGGAUUAUAUAGUUCUACCAUUUGUGAUGAUCAUGGUGAUAAUAUAAUUCCAUUUGUGACCAUCAUAUGAACUAUUAAGUACUAGCAUUUGUGACUUUUUUAUGCACAGCAUGAAAAAUAACAUGUAAAGAUAAACUAGUCCUAUAUAUAAACUGUGUUGUAUGCGUAGUCAAAUGUCAAAGCAAUCUGUUUUCUGAAAAUUUUAUUGAUGCAAUUUGUCAUGGCAUCAAAUUAAUGUGAGAUAUUUUGUUUUUUUAAAUAUUUUUAUUGAUGCAAUUUGUAAAGGCCAAUCAGUGGCUACAGAAGUCUUGAUUUGUGUUAGGUUUUACUUGUGUAGCAUCAUUGGGCUGCCAACAGGAGGCGUUAUUCCUAAGUCUUUGUUUAGAGUGCAAUUUAAAUGUCCCAAAUGUUUCAUUAUCAUAUCAAAAUGUGUGUGCUUCGUUUAUAUAGCGAGUCUAUUGAUGUUGAGAAGACAUAUCAAGAUACCGUAAUUACGAUUUUGUUUAUAGCUCUCUACAGUUUCAGUGGUUUUAGAAGACGUUUAGUAACGUGGUAUGUUUUGUCUUUACAUGUAUGCUAAGGUGCGUCUGUGUGUGAUCGUGGGUAAUGUGGAGGUCAGUAUGACCAGUAGUCGUGUGCAUUUUGUGGGUCACUGUGUUAUUUUUGUUCCACCCACCCCCUGGCCUCUUGUAUUGGGGACCUUUGUCACUCAGAAUUCCCUCAUACGUUUCAACGUGUAAUUAUUUUGUUGAAAAUGCAUAUAUAUGUAUAUUAUGACAAAUUAUUGGUGUUAUUUAUCUUCUUUUUUUUUCUUUUUCAUGUAUGUAAUUUUAACUUUUUUUUUUGUAUAUAGACAUAAUUAGAGAAUAUAAUCGCAUCUGAAAGGUGUAACACAAAGAGUUGAUGUACAUAGAAGGGAUAAAUAUUUUCUAUUAGUCCUGCCAUAGGUCUCGUCUCUCGGCCUUGUUUCCUCGGUUACCUAAGGUUCCCUGUAGGUUGCCUAUGAUGGGAGAGAUAUGACAGAAACUUUACAAGGGGAUCAUCUUGUCACAUUUAAACAAUAAUUGUCCAUUUAUGAAAUUUAAUUUGAUGUAGCUGGCAUUAGCCCACCUUUUUUAACGAUUUCACAUUCACUCGCUGCCUCGGUCAUUUAUAUCUGUUCAUGAAGAAUUCAUCAAUCAGAUGACAAAAAUCCCAAGUGUCACUUUUUAUUUCAGGGGGUCAAAAUCUCGUGUUUAUAUUCUUUACAGAAUGAAAUAACAUGGUUACAUACAUAUAGGGUAUGUCAAGUUGAUCGCUCUUCAAUACUACCAAAGUGGAUCUGGUCUAUGGCAUUGUUGAAAAUUUGAAUCUUUAGAAGAUAGAUCUGCCAGCAAAUUUAAUAAUAGCAGUACUUAUGUACUCCUGAACUAUUUCGUGUAUAAUUCUAGGUGAAAUUGUUAACGAUGAUUUUAAAAAGAAACAUUGUGACUAGUAUAUAUGUGGCCUUUGAUAUUUAUCAAGCACAAAUAAAGCCAGAAUUUGCCAGAAAAAGGAAGGGGGGGGGGGGGGGGGGGGUCACCCAAGUCAAAUAUAGUUAUCUAUGUUAAAAAAACAUUUAUGCGACUCUCGAAAAGAAAAUGUGACCACCUUUUGAACAAAUUCAGAGUUGAAAAAAAAAAUGCCUGUGUAACGAUGUGAAUGAUAUAGUAGAAAGAAUCAAAUGUAGAAGAAACAUGACACUUUGAGAGAACAAAAGAUCGGCCUUUGUGUACAAAGUAUCAGAUUAAAUUCGAAAGAUUUAUCUUAAUGUUUGAAACAUAUGUAUGUCGUAGUUUCAAGUGAAAUAUAUUUGUGAAAAAAAGCUGAAAAUAGCAUUAGUCAUAGGAGAAUAUUACUUAAGGUUCUGGGAACAAAAACUGCCUUGAAGUUCAAAACUAUUUACAGGUAUAGAACAAUAUAAACAUGCCCAGCAUUGAACACUAUUAACACCGCUACAAAGGUAACACUACGCUUGGUAAUCCACGAGAUUCCACUGAUCAGGAACGGGUUAAUAAUUGUGCCUAUUUGUAAGGUUGUUGCUCCAAUCUUUUCAACCUCGGUAUUUUAAUAUUUAUGUUGAAAACAGAAUUGACCCUUUAAUUCUAGGUUAAGGUGUUUUUUUAAUUUCUUGAUAAACAGCAAGUAGGUUUAGUUUUCUUCAACUUUAGAUCUUGAAAUAGGCAUUAAUGGAAUAUCAGAACAAGGUGCAAAUAGAGAACGAUAUAUUUGUUGCACCACAAUCAGGCUCGCUAUAUUAGUUAGAUCUUGAAAUAGGCAUUAAUGGAAUAUCAGAACAAGGUGCAAAUAGAGAACGAUAUAUUUGUUGCACCACAAUGAGGCUCGCUAUAUUAGUAGAAUCAAGAAUAUCUCGGUGAUGCUGUAAGUUGAAACAGUAAUAACAUUAUUUGCUAUAUGCCUUGAACUCUGGAUAGUGUACGGAGUAAAUCGCUAAUGGACUGUUGAGUAUCUGUUGUCCAGCAAUACAUGUUUCAUGUGAGUCUUGUUUGGGCAAAGCAAUAUUCCACACAAUAAUAAGAAAAAAGUCAGCAAUAUCGCGAACCAAUUGUAUCAAUUUUUGUUAUCAACUAGAUGCUGUCUUGUUGUGUUGGGCGAGUGUUAACGAGGACAGGACACCACUAUGUACCACACAGAGUAUCUAGUUGUAUCCACUUUAUCAUUUGUACUUCACGUUGUAUCAUAUUUCCCAAGUCUAGUUAAGUACUGUUGCUUUUAAAGAGUCUUAUAAGUAUUUUAAAUUAAUAAAAUGAAAAAUGUAUAUUGAA